AUGGCACCACUAGUUUUGCGGCCGCUGCCUACAAAUCUCCGCUUCGUCGCCUCCCUCGUGGCCGCCAACUGUCUCCAUGUGGCGGUCGCGAUGAGCCAGGCCUUCAUCGGUCUGGUCAAUGAGUUUUCGCCGCGUCCCCCGGCCUCGUUCGACCCCUUCGUUCGGGCCCGUCUACUCCUCGAUCGCCUUCACUUCCAGUCCGACUCCUCGUCUGCCACCACGUCCGAGUUGGUGUCCGAGUUGACGUCCGAAUCCGCGAUCCGACCGGCCUAUCCGGCUCGUGUGCCCUUCCUCCCGGCCUACAGCCCAUGCGCCCAUCUCCUGCUCGACGCCCUUUUGCACACCGCCUACAACGCCACGUUGCUUAGUCUCUGCGGCCUCUCGCUCGACCUCUACCUCGGCCUCGUGCAUCCUAUCUUCUAUCCGGCUUGGCAAUCGCCCCAGCCGCAGCAGCAACGUAUCGCUUCCCUACCCACCGGCUCGAUCGCCGUUUUGCCCACCUCUCCAAGCCUCUACUGGUCACGAGGCUCAUCUUCUCACUCCACAGGUUGGCUGUCCAGUUUUGCCUGUCUCCGUGGCAACCAAAUGACGAUGUCGUCAGGCUCGGCGAGUCGACAGCUUGGCCAGUCACAGGCGAAUCGCUACCGCCGUGGUCUAGUCACCACCCUGAUUCUGCUCGUCUGCUUUUUGUUCACUUUUACGCCAAUCUGUCUGCACUACCUGGCCGACCAUUUGCUGCUGCAGAAGGCCAGUUUUCGACUGUUGCGCACCCUUUCCGACAGUUUGGUUGUCUUCAUUUCAGGUCAGUUGGCGCUCAAUAUGCCCCUCGUCAACACCGUCCUCAGCCCCAUUCUCUACGCCUUUCGAGUGCCCGACAUUCGACGAAUCCUCAAGGCCUGGAUCCACGAAACUGCCAACUCAACCGUCUUCCGCGUCUCCACAAGCUGGUGCCAGCGACCGGCCGCUUCGGACAGGCCUUCCGUGCCUGCCUCGGAGUACGGUUCAGGCCAGCUGACCUGA